AGCACCCACAGCACGAGCUGUCAAAACAUUCGUAUACGCGUUUUUUGCCGUGAAUCAUUUGCUUGCUUGUGUAGCAUUUGCAGCGAUUGUCCCUUCGGAUUCGUUCCUCCGGUCUUGGCGGAUAAAAUUCGUGUAGACGGACCAGAGUCCGCGAAUUUUAUCAUCUUUUCCCUCCUCUGUGCAGAUUCCUCCAAUUCCGCCGUGCUCAUUGAAGUGCAUUUUUUGCUCCGGCUCCACGAAAAGAACAAACAGGUCCGUGUGGUACGCCAGUUUUGCGUUUGGGCGUUUCCUCGUUACCUUCCCUUGGAGGUGAUUUAAAGUAAGAUCUCAACCGGAAAGUGAACAUUUAACAACCAUGACUGAACGCCAUACGUUUGGUGGUACGGUAAACCCCAUUACUUGCCAUGCCUGGAACAAGGAUCGUUCCCAAAUUGCUAUCUCGCCCAACAACAACGAGGUGCAUAUCUACAAGCGCGAAGGGUCCGAGUGGAAGUUGACCGAUGUGCUGAAUCAGCACGAUCUGCGCGUGAUGGGCAUCGAUUGGGCACCGAACACCAACCGCAUCGUAACCUGUGCCGUCGAUCGGAAUGCUUACGUGUGGACGCAGGGUGACGAUGGCAAGUGGAAACCUACCCUGGUGCUGCUGCGCAUCAACCGUGCCGCCACCUGCGUGCGUUGGUCACCGCUGGAGAACAAGUUCGCUGUCGGGUCGGGCGCCCGGCUGAUCUCGGUGUGCUACUUCGAGUCCGAGAACGAUUGGUGGGUGUCGAAGCACAUCAAAAAGCCGAUCCGUUCCACGGUAACGUCACUCGACUGGCACCCGAACAAUAUGCUGCUGGUGGCUGGUUCCACCGACUACAAGGUGCGCGUAUUUUCGGCCUUCAUCAAGGACAUCGAGCAGCACCCGGAACCGACGGCCUGGGGACCGAAGAAACCGCUCGGGCAGAUUCUGGCCGAGUUUAAAAACUCGAGCAGCGGUGGUGGCUGGGUGCACAGCGUAAGCUUCUCGGCCGAUGGCAAUCGGAUCUGCUGGGUGGGUCACGAUAGUGCGAUCAACAUCGGCAUGGCGAAUGGGGGGAACGUGGGCAUUAAGCAGAAAACGGAGUACUUACCGUUCCUGUGCUGCGAGUGGAUCUCGCCCCACUCGAUCCUGGUGGCCGGGCAUAGCUGUGUGCCGCUGAUUUACACGGUUGCGGACAGUGGUAAGAUUGUGCUGGCCGCCAAGCUGGAUCAAUCGACGAAGAAGGAACAGAGUGGCAUUUCGGCAAUGCGCAUCUUCCAGUCGUUGGAUCGCAAUCUGCGCACGGAAAACUCCGACACGAACCUGGAAUCGAUUCACCAGAAUGCGAUCACUAGCGUUUGCGUGUACAGUGGGGAAAAGGGCAAUGUGCAGCGUGUCAGCACGUCCGGACUAGAUGGCCAGCUGGUCAUUUGGGACAUCGAUACGCUGACACGGUCCAUGCAGGGACUGAAGCUUUAAGAGCGAUAGCGGCGCCUGGUAAAAGUAUUUCCUUUUCCUCUCUCUCUCUCCUUAGAAUUGUUUAAUGCAUUUUUAAUGUGCAUCUUUCUACAAGAGUUCUAUUACCGAACGAAAAUCGUUGCAAAUAAAUACUUCAUUCCAGCUAUUCACGCUAUUCGAAA